AUGUCCGUCAACCUCACAGAGGGCAGCCCCACUUCCAACGGGACCACGCAGAUGCUGGAUUCUUCCCCAGCAGCUUGCACUGAUGUGGUGGAGGGAGAGGAAUGGGGCUCCUUCUACUACUCCUUUAAGACUGAACAGCUAAUAACUCUGUGGGUCCUCUUCAUUUUCACCAUUGUUGGAAACUCCGUUGUGCUGUUCUCCACGUGCAGGCGGAAGAGGAAGUCGAGAAUGACCUUCUUUGUGACUCAACUGGCCAUCACAGACUCUCUCACCGGACUGAUCAGCAUCUUGACAGAUAUUAUCUGGCGAUUCACGGGAGACUUCGUGGCACCUGACCUGGUCUGCCGGGUGGUCCGCUACUUGCAGGUCGUGCUGCUCUAUGCCUCUACCUACGUCCUCGUGUCCCUCAGCAUAGACAGAUACCAUGCCAUCGUCUACCCCAUGAAGUUCCUGCAAGGAGAAAAGCAAGCCAAGGUCCUGAUCGUGGUCGCCUGGAGCCUCUCUUUCCUGUUCUCCAUUCCCACCCUGAUCAUAUUUGGGAAAAGGACGCUCUCCAACGGCGAAGUGCAGUGCUGGGCCCUGUGGCCUGACGACUCCUACUGGACCCCGUACAUGACGAUCGUGGCUUUCCUGGUGUACUUCAUCCCUCUGACAAUCAUCAGUGUCAUCUAUGGCAUUGUGAUUCGAACUAUUUGGAUGAAGAGCAAAGCCCACGAGGCAGUGAUUUCCAACUGCUCAGAUGGGAAACUGUGCACCAGCUUCAACCGAGGGCUCAUCUCAAGGGCAAAACUCAAGGCCAUCAAGUAUAGCGUUGUCAUCAUUCUUGCCUUCAUCUGCUGUUGGAGUCCAUACUUCCUCUUUGACAUUUUGGACAAUUUCAACCUCCUUCCAGACACCAAGGAGCGCUUCUAUGCCUCUGUGAUCAUUCAGAACCUGCCAGCAUUAAACAGCGCCAUCAAUCCCCUCGUCUACUGCGUCUUCAGUGGCUCUAUCUGUUUCCCCUGCAAGGAGCGAAGAUCACAGGAUUCCAGGAUGACAUUCCGGGAGAGAACCGAGAGGCACGAGAUGCAGAUCCUGUCCAGGCCAGAAUUCAUCUAA